AUGUUAAAAAAGGGUAUUUUGCUCGGUGAGGCUCAAGAUAAUGUGAAAAUAGGGAAACGGGAUAAGCUUAAGGGAAAAAUUGCGCCUCUUUCAGCGGGAACCAGCAACGAUAUCAACAACGUGGGACAUCGUCAUCACCAUAACCCUUACCUCAAAUUCUACAAUAUAAAUAAACCAAGCAGUGAUCUUCGUGAUUACACAUACGUCACACCUCACGUCAAUGGCAGCUUGCCGAGACUGCCACACCAUCCACAAACAUAUGUAGGACCUUUAGAUAUAGAGUUGAACAAUGAUCAGUGGUCUUCAGUUGUGGGGCCCCAUCCCCACAAAAACCGUGUGAUGGUUAUACAUCUAUCUACGCUGUAG